GCAUCGAGCAGAAUAUCUCCGGCCGCAUCCAAUCACAGCUUCCAACAAUUUAGUAUUCGCGACCAAAGAAAAAAGGAAUCUGAAAAGUAUCUUCCUUCCAUUUGCGGCGGCUGGUUUGUUUGUCGCACGAGUCGUCACUGUUUCUGCUUCAAAAUCAUUUUAGAAACUGAUAGUUAGGGUUUUAUUUUCACCAGCCAUUGUAAGAUGUCUCUGUUGCAGCCGUAUUUCCAGCAAUGCGCCUCCGCAGCCUUCUCAAUCUCAUUCCCUUCUCACUCUUUCUACGUUUCCGUUUCUAAACGUACCUUCAUCUCUUAUUGCUCCUCCCAGUCCCAAACGGCCCUUGUCGACUCCCCAGUCGAUUCUAAAAUCGCUGAAAGGGAUGAGAUUCGUCUCGGCUUGCCUAGCAAGGGUCGCAUGGCUGCCGACACUCUCGAUCUACUCAAGGAUUGUCAAUUGUCGGUUAAGCAAGUCAAUCCGAGGCAGUAUGUUGCACAAAUACCUCAGCUUUCCAAUUUAGAAGUCUGGUUUCAGCGGCCCAAAGACAUUGUCCGCAAAUUGUUAUCUGGAGAUUUAGAUCUUGGUAUCGUGGGGCUCGAUACUGUCAGUGAAUAUGGACAAGGAAAUGAAGAUCUUAUCAUUGUUCAUGAUGCCCUUGAUUAUGGAGAUUGUCGUUUAUCUCUUGCAAUUCCUAAGUAUGGGAUCUUUGAGAAUAUCAAUUCAUUGAGGGAGCUGGCUGAGAUGCCCCAGUGGACUGUUGAGAAACCUUUAAGAGUUGCAACUGGCUUCAUUUAUCUUGGUCCUAAAUUUAUGAAAGAACAUGGAUUGAAGCAUGUGAUAUUUUCAACUGCUGAUGGAGCUUUAGAGGCAGCUCCUGCGAUGGGAAUAGCUGAUGCGAUUUUGGACCUUGUUAGUAGUGGGACUACAUUGAGGGAGAACAAUUUGAAAGAAAUUGAAGGUGGAGUUGUAUUAGAAAGCCAGGCUGUUCUAGUUGCAAGCCGGAAAGCGUUAAUCCAGCGGAAGGGUGCACUGGACACCACACAUGAGAUUCUUGAAAGAUUUGAGGCCCAUUUGAGGGCACUUGGUCAGUUCACGGUAACUGCAAAUAUGAGGGGCGGUAGCGCAGAGGAAGUGGCUGAGCGAGUAUUGACCCAGCCAUCUUUGGCCGGGUUGCAGGGCCCCACGGUAUGUCCAGUUUUCUGUAAGCGUGAUGGAAAAGUAACUGCUGACUACUAUGCCAUAGUCAUAUGCGUACCUAAGAAAGCUUUAUACAAGUCUGUACAACAAUUGAGAGCGAUUGGAGGCAGCGGGGUGCUAAUAUCACCUUUGACCUACAUUUUUGAUGAAGAGACCCCAAGAUGGAGAGAACUUCUUUCAAAGCUUGGUAUCUAGUCCAUUUGGGAUUGAUGCAUGGGUGGUUUUACUUGCAUUUCAUAUAAAAAGCUGAAUAAUUUGUAAGUGUCGAGGUGGUUGAAAAUUUACUUUUGCCGAGAGAUAGGGACCUUCAAAGUUUUGUCAUGGUGGUCUUGUUUCUCAGUAGUGGCAUUCUUCAGUCCCUUGUUUCUUUUGUCAAUAAUGUUUAUUUUUAUUUUUAUUUUUUGCAUUUCUCCUCUUUGCAACCGUAUCGAUGGUAUACAAAACAUGUUUCCCUCUCUGUGCCGCUUGAUGGAUGUAAACUGUUAGGUUUCAUGUUAUCCAAGGAUUUUCAGUUUGCUUAAAA